AUGUCGGGUCUGACGGACAGCAAGCCGGUGGGAGGGGGCUGUGAUAGUGGAGAUCACCUGGAGAGCAGUGCAGACCCAUCAAGGCCACCUGCAGGACCGCAGUCACAAACCUCAGGGUUGCGAUUUGCUGGGAAACGUCAGGUAGUCAUCCAGAACCUUGACCUUACGCCCCUACGACUGGACGAUCCCCCCACCCACCAUAUUUCCGCCUCCUCCAACAUCAACGCAAAUACCUCAUCAAAGCCUGCUCGCGUCCGUCUCCCACCGCUCACCAGCAUCGGUGCUGCUGAGGGCUCUACUGAUAACUCUUCCGUUCUCCGAAAUGAUCGCGGUGGUGCCAACAAACCUAACGAUCGCAUGAGCACCGGACCCGUUGAUCUCGCUGCUGCUCAACGGCAGCUUGACGAUCAGCAAUUGGAUGACAGCCAGCGAGAGCGCAUUGAAGAGUUUCUUCGCUGCAAGAAGGACAUCCAUGAGUUACAUCCAGAGGACUUCACCAAGAUUUCCGAGCUAGGAUCAGGCAAUUGGGGUGUGGUCAGUCGCGUGCGCUACAACAGAACUAAUAUAAUAAUGGCCAAGAAGACCAUUCGGUUAGACAUCAAGCACGAAGUAGGCACGCAAAUACUUCGAGAACUUGAGGUAGGUCGCCACUGUUCUCUGAUACCACGAGUUUUCAUUUUGGGGUAUCCACUUUAUUAA